AGAUGGCGCUACUGUUCACACAGCUGGGCGCAUUUUUUAGCACAUUUUGUUCGCGCGUGUGUGCUUUAGUGUUAGUGUGGUGUGUGUGUGUUAGCUUCUGGCUAAAUAAAUUCAUUUUUUUUACUGUGACACAAAAUAAAACCAAAAACGUUUACGCGAAUAACUAUUAUAGAGUGGUAUUACCGACUAAGCGGCUAAUCUCGUUGGCCCCCAUCUCGUACGAACCGCCGCGCCCCUAGCCAGUCCCAGUGCGUGCCCUCCCGACCCAGCGCAGCGGCAAUUCGGCUGCCCGACGCAAAAGUUGCAAAAGCAAAGGCAAAAGCAAAGGAAAACUUAACCUCGCAAAAAAAGAAAACUCAAGCGAAGGAAAGACACCGAAACGAAAAGGCAGAAAAAGCACAAAACGCAAACAGCAGUGAGUGUCGGCAAAAGUGCGAGCGAGAGAGGGGAUAUACACACAUGUAGUAUAUUUAAGUUGUGCGCUCUACUGUGCGUGUGUGUGGGUUUUCUUUUACUGUUUCUGUUGUUAAUUCCCCCCCGCACCAAUCCACUCCAUCCAAGAGCCAUUGUUGUAGUACUUAAAACGUUGAUGCGCCGCUGCCUCCCCUCACCCGCUCACAACGGCGCUGAUGGAACGCGGCUCUGCUCCCUGUCCCCUCCCCGCUCAAUCCUCGUGCCAUCAUAAAGCCCUACAAAUGGACUGAAAUUAACAACAACAACAAAAGAAAUCCAAAAUUGUGAACAAAUGGAAAAGCAAACAGCAAAAUGAAUAUUUUCUAAGAAAUAUUUUUGAAUAAAUGCAAAAUCAACAAACAUUUUUUGGGGAAAAGCAAACGCAAACGCAUUUGGGGAAAAAAAUAGGACCAACAACAAUCGCAAAAGCAAUGCAAAUUGGACAAAAAAAAAACUGCCGCUAAGCAAUACAUAUUUGUAACAAAAAAUACAGUAGAAAAAGCAAUACAAAUUUUUAAAAUAAUCAGCUGCAAAAAGCAAUAAAAAUGUGAGAAUACAAAAAAAAAAAACAGCCGCAAAAGCAGUAAAAAUAAGGGAAUAACCAGCUCAAAAGGAAAAAUAUGAGAAAAAAGCAAACGCAAAAGCAAAACUAGGGGAAUAAAAAGCAGUCGCAACAACAAAUUGGAAACAGCACAAAGUAAACCCAGAAAGUAAGAAGAAGAAAAAAAUACCGGUGCAAAAAGCAAUCCACAAAUGAUGAAUUUGAAUUUUUUUGGUCUGGCUCUGACAAAACUUGUGGCAUUUUUUGCCAACAAAUGCAAUCACUAUGAAAGCCAUCAACAAAAUGUUAAUUAUGUUAACGUUAAAGCAUAUUAAACACUAGUUAAUAGACCAGAAAACACCUCCCCGAUGGGAGAAAAAGACUCUAAGAAUUGAAAUCAAUAAAAAAAAUAAAACGAAAUCCGUAUCCGAAACCGAAUCAGAAAUAAUAAUCAUACAAUGGAACACUUUCAAACGUCGCUGAAUCCAAGGAAACAGGAGCUGCUCGAGGCGCGCUUUAUUGGUAUUCGGAUGUCCGCUGGCGCGCAAUUGCAGAUGGCCCCACAGAACACUUCGACCCUAAGCCACCAUCAUCCCAACCAGCAGCCGCAGCAGCAGCCCCAACAGCAGCUGCAGCAGCAGCAGCAGCAGGCCCCACAGCAACAGCAACAGCAGGCUCCUCCCCAGCAACAGCAGCAGCAGCACUUUGCCAAUCAUCACAGCUCGCAACAGCAACAGCAGACGCAACAGGAGCAACAGAAUCCCCAGCAGCAGCAGCAGCAGCAACAGCAGCAGAUCCUGUCGCAGCCACACCUACAGAUCCUGCAGAAGCAUCAGCAUCAACUGCUGCCCCCACACCAGCUGCACCAGCAGCAACAGCAACAACAGCAGCAGCAGCAGCAUUUCCACCAGCAAUCGUUGAGCCUGCACCAGCAACACCAGCAGCAACAUCAGGUGGCAGCGGCAGCAGCGGCUGGGGGCAGCAGCAAUCCCGACUCGAAUAUGAGCACUGGCUCCUCGCACAGCGAGAAGGAUGUCAACGAUAUUCUGGCCGGAGGAGCAGGAGCCGCAGCAGCGGCAGCAGCAGCGGCGGCGGCGGCGGCGGCGGGCAUCGGUAUGUCGGUGCCGCAGUGCCCCAGUUUUCCACCGACCCUAGGGAUGCAGCACUCGAACAACGGUGGCGUUGGUGGCGUUGGCGGCGUUGGUGGAGCCAAUGACAUGUACAUAACGACGGCGACGGCGACCACCACGCCGGUGAAGCCGCGCACGCCAGCCGAGCGGAAGCGCAAACGGAAGAUGCCGCACAAUGCGGAGGAUGCGAGUGGUGCGGGCGGCGGCGGUGGUUCGGGCGGAGCCGUGAACAACAGCAGCGGGCUGGGGGGAGGCCUGAAGGGCAAGUCCCUGCCCUUUCGUGAUAUGCCCAAGGUGACCAUGAGCCUCGGUCUCGGCGAGCGCCUCAGUGGGACGGGCGUUUCGGGCGGCGCCGGAGGCGUCUCCAGUGGAGCCGGCGUCGGCGGUGGCAGCUCCAGCUCUGGCACAGGAGCGGGCGGCAAGAGUGCGCGCCUCAUGCUCACCGGCAACGACAACAAGAAGAUCAACGACUACUUCAACAAACAGCAGUCGGGCGUUGGAGUGGGCGUAGGAGUGGGCGUGGGCGUUGGCGUCGGAGUCGGAGGAGUGGGCGUUGGAGCGGGCGGCAACUCGGCGACCCUACGCGGCACCCACACCGGCAGCAAGUCACCCUCAUCCGCCCAGCAGCAGCAGCAACAGCAGACCACCCAACAGCAACAGCCGACGGUGUCCGUUGCCUCGGGAGGAGUGCCCGCCUCCAGUGUCCAGGUGCAGGUGCAGACCAGCCAGGUGCAAACGAGCAGCGCAUACUCCCUGUAUCCCGCUAGUCCACAGACGCAGGUGGCGCCCAGCCAAGUGCAGCAGCAGCAGCAGCAGACCGGAGCGGACUUCCACUACGUCAACUCCGGCAAGCAGCAGCAACAGCAGCAGCAACGCCAGCAGCAGCAGCAGCCACAGACUUCCAAUCAAAUGGUUCCUUCGCACGUGGUCGUCGGCCUGGGGCAUGCCCUCAGUCUGGCCUCCAUCCAGCCGCCCCUCAUCCAGACGCAGUCGCAGUCGGCCCAAACCCAACAGCAACAGCAGCAGCAGCAGCAGCUCGGGCCGCCCGCCACAUCGACGGCCAGCGGGCCCGGCGGAGUGGCCGUUGUGGCCUCACAUCCCCACCAGCUCAGCUCUCUGGGCGUCGGCGGUAUGGGCGUGGGCGUUAGUGUGGGCGUGGGUCCGCCCUUGCCGCCGCCGAUGCCCGCCACAAUCACGUACAGCAAGGCAACGCAGACGGAGGUGUCGCUGCACGAGCUGCAGGAGCGGGAGGCGGAGCACGAGACCGGGAAGGUGAAGCUGGACGAGAUGACAAGACUGUCGGACGAGCAGAAGUGCCAGAUACUGGGUAACCAGAAGACGAUCGACCAGCACAAGUCGCACAUUGCCAAGUGCAUCGAUGUCGUGAAGAAGCUGCUGAAGGAGAAGAGCAGCAUCGAGAAGAAGGAGGCGCGCCAGAAGUGCAUGCAGAAUCGCCUGCGGCUGGGACAGUUUGUUACACAGCGUGUGGGUGCCACAUUCCAGGAGAACUGGACGGACGGUUAUGCGUUCCAGGAGCUGAGCCGACGGCAGGAGGAGAUCACCGCCGAACGCGAGGAGAUCGACCGCCAGAAGAAGCAGCUGAUGAAGAAGCGUCCGGCGGAGUCCGGACGCAAGCGGAACAACCAGAACAGCAACCAGAACAACCAGCAGCAGCAGAAUUCCAAUUCCAAUGAUUCCUCCCAGCUCACGGGCGGCGGUGGCCCCGGCGGCAGUGAUCGCCUCGGUGGCGGUGGCGGUGCCGCUGGCAGCGUUGACAGCGGAAUGGGUGGCCAAAAUUCGGGCGCUCUCGGUGGCUCCGGUGCCGGUGGUGUCGGCGGUGGCGGCGGCGGAGGUGGCGGCGGCAGCGGACGCGGCCUCUCGCGCUCCAAUUCGACGCAGGCCAACCAGGCGCAGCUCCUGCACAACGGCGGCGGCGGGUCUGGUGGCAAUGUCGGCGGCAAUAGCGGCGUGGGUGAUCGCCUCUCGGACCGCGGCGGCGGAGGCGGCCUUGGGGGCAACGACAGCGGCAGCUGUUCCGAUUCGGGGACGUUCCUCAAGCCCGAUCCCGUCUCGGGGGCCUACACAGCGCAGGAGUACUACGAAUACGAUGAGAUCCUCAAGCUGCGACAGAACGCCCUCAAAAAGGAGGACGCCGAUCUGCAGCUGGAGAUGGAGAAGCUCGAGCGGGAGCGUAACCUUCACAUACGUGAACUCAAGCGGAUUCUCAACGAGGAUCAGUCCCGCUUCAACAAUCAUCCCGUGCUGAACGAUCGAUAUCUGCUGUUGAUGCUGCUGGGCAAGGGCGGCUUCUCCGAGGUGCACAAGGCCUUCGACCUCAAGGAGCAACGCUAUGUCGCAUGUAAGGUGCACCAAUUAAACAAGGAUUGGAAGGAGGAUAAGAAAGCUAAUUAUAUCAAACACGCCCUGCGGGAAUACAACAUCCACAAGGCACUGGAUCAUCCUCGCGUCGUGAAGCUCUAUGAUGUGUUCGAGAUCGAUGCGAAUUCCUUUUGCACCGUACUCGAGUACUGCGAUGGCCACGAUCUGGACUUUUAUCUGAAGCAACAUAAGACUAUACCCGAGCGUGAAGCGCGCUCGAUAAUAAUGCAGGUUGUAUCUGCACUCAAGUAUCUGAAUGAGAUUAAGCCACCGGUCAUCCAUUACGAUCUGAAGCCCGGCAAUAUACUACUGACCGAAGGUAAUGUCUGUGGCGAGAUCAAGAUCACCGACUUUGGCCUGUCCAAGGUGAUGGAUGACGAGAACUAUAAUCCAGAUCAUGGCAUGGAUCUAACCUCCCAGGGAGCGGGCACCUAUUGGUAUUUGCCACCCGAAUGCUUUGUCGUUGGCAAAAAUCCACCGAAAAUCUCAUCAAAAGUUGAUGUAUGGAGUGUUGGUGUGAUAUUCUAUCAGUGUCUGUACGGAAAGAAGCCAUUCGGGCAUAAUCAGUCGCAGGCCACCAUCCUGGAGGAGAAUACCAUACUGAAAGCCACCGAAGUGCAGUUCUCCAAUAAGCCAACUGUUUCGAAUGAGGCAAAGAGCUUCAUACGUGGAUGUUUGGCGUAUCGUAAAGAGGAUCGCAUGGAUGUGUUUGCAUUGGCAAGACACGAGUAUAUCCAGCCACCGAUACCGAAGCAUGGCAGGGGAUCACUCAAUCAGCAGCAGCAGGCGCAGCAGCAGCAACAGCAGCAGCAGCAGCAACAGCAGCAACAGUCAUCGACAUCGCAGGCCAAUUCAACAGGCCAGACCUCGUUCUCAGCCCACAUGUUUGGCAACAUGAAUCAGUCCAGCUCAUCCUAGCUGCCAACUAAACGCAAUUCCAAUUCAUAAUUCGCCGCCGCCGCCGCAGCAGCCACAGUCGCACAACAACAACAACAACAACAACAGCAGCAACAGCAGCAACAGUUGCAACAGCUGCAAC